CUAGUCGUUCUGCUAUACUAAAGAAAGAAAGUCUCGAGAAUUCUGUUGGCAACUGUCGAUGCUCGUUCGGUCGUCUUUAAAUAAUCCAAUUCGCACUUCCUCCUCCGUCGUUUUUCCUCCUCCAUAGUAGGAUUACUUUUAUAAUCGAUCCGAUAACAUUCAUCUUUUUUUUCUUUUUAAUAAAGUAACAUUGAUAUGUCGUUAGAAUAUAAUGAAAUGCAAGGGUAGUUUUGAUUUUCAUAGGGUUGUGAUGGUCAGUGAAACGUAGAAGUUGAAAGAUGUCUGAUGUGAAAUUUGCAUAUUCGAUGAAAUUUGGCGACAAAUUUGCGCGAAAGCGUAAUAUAAACUCGUUAAGAAACUGGCGGAAGACGCAGCUGGCAAGACAUUUGAAAUAGAAACGCGUGUUCUUUAAAUAAUCGUGACCCAGAGGCUUAUAUGCGAGGACCCGUGAGGCUGGCCUUCUCUCUGAUCUCUCUCGUAUCGAGAAAGGUGAGUCGAUACCGAGAGAAGCAGUACCAGCUAGCAGCCCAGAGACACAACCAGGAGUUCCUCAAGUACGAUCAUUACCAACAAAUCGCUAAAUACUACGAGCAGCAAUGUAGAAUCGCGAAGCAAUACGAUUCGUGGAAUUCCAGGGGUAUAGAUCCCAAGGGAGAGCUUGCGAAGGCUAAGAAAGCUGAAAGAUUGCUGGUCAGAAGGAACAAGCUACGAAAUCUGUUGAAGGAAGAAGAUGAAUCAUACAGAAACGAAUUGGAGGAACAGAAAAUAUUGAAGAAUCGUAGCGAAGUGCCUUCGUUGGAGCAGUUGAAACGAAAAUUAAAGGAGAAACGAGCAGAAGAGAGCCUUUAUUUCCCUAGAACCUGUCGAAGAUACCAAUCGUACUUCGUCUGUCCUAAAGAAUCUAACAGUUCCGGUUCGAGCACCCUCAGGGAUACAAAUCUUCAAUAUUCGCGUGUUUGUAGAGAUUCUACAAAUCUAAUUCAUCAGAACGGACAAAAUUCUCGCUGUAGUAGUUCUGGUAUGAGCAAAGGGAGCAACAGAAAAUCGCAGGAACAGGAAAAUUUCGAUACGCGAAAGGAAGUUCAUCGACGUGCAUCGCUUCAGUUCUCCAACGAAGUCGUCAGGCCUAACACAAGGUAUUCCGCUCGUUACGCGCGCAGGAGUUUGGAAAACACCAACGUCAGAAGUGACGAUUCGACUGACUACGGGUCGAACAGGGUAUCGAGCAGAUCUUCCUUUGGAGCACCUAGUGAAACGUAUUUGUCACUAAACAGCAAGACUCCUCUUCGCAAGAACGAUAAAGAGAACGCUUUAUUAAGUCCUCAAGAAGUUCGAGUGAUCAAGAAUCGUUCCUACAGCAGGAUGGGCGAUCCUGAAAUGAAUACCAAGGACCUCGCUCAUCAGAAGGAGAGUCCUCAUAGAAGGUCCCAAGACAACGAUAACACUGAGCUGAAUCAAAGUAUGGAGGAUCAAACGGAGACUCCAAUUGAAGAUCCGCAUCAAAAACGGGACCUACAAGACAAAUACAGCUCCGAAGAGGAUCAUAUCGUGGAAGAUGUGAAAACAACGGACAAUCGGCAGUUCGAAGUGGAGAAAAGCAUGCCUUGGCUACGAAUGGAUCCUACAGACAAGAAUCUCUCCAAGCAAAUGUUUCUGUAUUUGACUCAUAAAGAGUUGAAGACCAAAAUUGAGGAUCUAAUCGUGAGAGAAUCGCAUGCUUGCAAGAAACAAUGUUGGGACGAGGCGCUUAGACUGAGGGAUAUGAGAAACAGAUUGGAAUUGCAUCGCGAGAAAAAGCUGUACAGCAUUGAUAAUAUUGUUUUCGAUGAGGAGACGAAGAAACUAGCACUGAUGAGCAUUGAUAAAAGAGAGAACGAACUUGCUGAACGCGAGGAUGCUUGUACGGAUUCAACGAUGUACAGCGAGGAUGCCAAAGCACUGUGGAAGAAAUGGGUGCACGAAGAUGAAAGAUUCGUGAUCGAAGAUGCGCGAGUGCAGAGGGAGAAGUUGAUGAACGUUUUGGAGAAAGAAUGGCAGGGUCUCGCUAUCCGUGACAAGGAACGAAUUACUCGAUCACAUCAGACUGUGAUACACGACGCUGUUGUCCAAGAAGAACAUAAACUCAUGUCUUCUCUCAACGCGGCUAAAGCAAAAUCUUCGCCUACAUCCUUGAAAUGAAUCCUAGAUUGAUAUUUCGUUAAUUUGCAGGCCUGAUUAUAUUGUGCCAAGCUUAACAAUAGUUUGCGUUUGAAUUUUUUGUAUUGCGUCGUUUUUCGUCGCCAAUUUUCUAUGCUGUGUUAGGUGUGUUGCAAGUAAAUUAUUAAUAUGUUUGGGUCGUUCAAAGGUAUUGUUUUAUAACUUGAAAUGUAUUGCAUUUAGCGCAUAUUAUUGAACGCUAGUGAAGACUCAUCAUAGUCUAUAAUAAUAUCGGUACUACAAUUUAAUGAAUAGGUGAUAUCGAAGCCGUUCCAGAUUAAUAAUUAAUCAACUCUAUAUUGUACUAAUGUUUGAGACGCUUAAACAUGCAAUUAAAAAAAUACUACUCGAAUCUUGUUCACUUUUGUAAAAAUUAUACUCCGAACGAUGAAAGUAAUUUGUAUUUUUUUUAUUUAUCAUUUCGAGCUUGUCAUUCUAGUCGUAUUUGUACUGGCAAUAUCACGGUAUUGUUUCCUAUAUUAUAACUUUUUCAUUCAUUAUCAUGUUUGCAAGACUCGGUUAUAUCAUAACUGUUUGAAACGAUACUUCAACGAUGAGGUUACUGUACGUUGUAUUAUUCAAGAAAUAAAUUGAUUACUGUAGAAAUAUGAA